CACACACUUAAUCAUAGAUCGGAGAGACGUCGAGUAAAAUUACCAUAUGAUGCAAAAGGCGAUUUCAGUCCCUUUAGUGGGACUCUUUUUCAUGAUAUUGUGCAUGACAAGCGUAACAAAAGCAGCAGAAUCAGAAGCGUACUUGAAAUACAAGGAUCCAAAGCUGCCCAUAAAUCGACGAAUAAAUGAUCUUUUGGGACGAAUGACUUUGGCCGAGAAGAUUGGCCAAAUGGCGCAGUUGGACCUUGAGAACCUCACGGCAACCACAAUGAGGGACUACUCGAUCGGCAGUAUCUUAAGCGGCGGAGGGCACGUCCCGCGGCUGAGGGCGACGGCCGGUGACUGGAUCAACAAGGUCAACGAGCUUCAACGUGCUUCACUUUCAAGUCGGCUUGGGAUACCCAUGAUUUAUGGUGUUGAUGCCGUUCAUGGCCACAACAAUGUUUAUAAGGCCACCAUUUUCCCACAUAAUGUUGGACUUGGAGCUACAAGGGAUAAGGAACUUGUGAAAAGAAUUGGUGCCGCAACAGCCCUGGAAGUUAGAGCUACUGGCAUUAAUUACGCAUUUGCACCAUGCAUUGCGGUGUGCCGAGACCCCAGAUGGGGUAGAUGCUAUGAAAGUUAUAGUGAGGAUCCCAAUGUUGUGAUAGAAAUGACUGAUAUCAUUCUCGGAUUGCAAGGUGAGCCACCCGCCAAUGCAAGAAAAGGUGUUCCUUAUCUUGGUGGGAGGGAUAAGGUAGCAGCUUGUGCUAAACACUUUGUGGGAGAUGGAGGAACCACCAAGGGCAUCAAUGAGAACAACACAGUGAUUGAUUGGCAUGGAUUGCUAAGCAUUCACAUGCCUGCCUAUUACCACGCCAUUAUUAAAGGUGUAAACACUGUCAUGGUUUCCUAUUCCAGUUUGAAUGGCAAAAAGAUGCAUGCUAAUCGCGAUCUCGUCACCGGUUUCCUCAAGAACACUCUUAAGUUUAGGGGCUUUGUAAUCUCUGACUGGCAGGGAGUUGACAAGAUUACCGACCUACCCCAUUCAAAUUACUCUGAUUCACUUCUUGCUGCUAUUCAAGCUGGAAUUGACAUGGUUAUGAUUCCUCACAACCAUACAGAGUUCAUCGAUAUUUUGACUGACCAUGUCAACAACAACCGCAUCCCAGUGAGUCGUAUUGACGAUGCAGUUCAGAGAAUUUUAAGAGUAAAAUUUGUGAUGGGUUUGUUUGAAGAGCCCUUGGCCGACCAGACCUUUGUGAACCAGCUUGGAAGCCAAGAACAUAGAGAUUUGGCAAGGGAAGCCGUGAGAAAGUCACUUGUUUUAUUGAAGAACGGAGAAACUUCAGAUAGGCCUAUCAUACCACUUCCAAAGAAGGCUUCUAGAAUACUCGUUGCAGGAACCCAUGCCAACAAUCUAGGAUACCAGUGUGGUGGUUGGAGUCUCACUUGGCAGGGAUUUUCCGGCGACAAUCAGACGAUUGGAUCCACCAUACUAAGCGGCAUAGAAGAAGCAGUAGACCCAAGCACAGAAAUAUUAUACAGCGAAAACCCCGAUCCCGCAUUCGUCAAGUCAAGCAACUUCUCUUACGCCAUUGUCGUCGUCGGAGAGCCACCAUACGCGGAGACAAACGGCGACAGCUUGAACUUGACGAUUGCGGAACCCGGCCCGAGCGUGAUCGCCGACGUCUGUGGCCAAGUGAAAUGCGUCGUCGUCUUGGUCUCCGGCCGUCCUCUUGUCAUUGAGCCUUAUCUUCCGUCGGUCGACGCCUUCGUCGCCGCGUGGUUGCCGGGCUCCGAAGCCGGUCACGGAGUGGCCGACGUCCUCUUUGGGGACUAUGGAUUCACCGGAAAGCUCUCCAUGACUUGGUUCAGGACUGUUGAUCAGCUCCCUAUGAAUGUUGGUGACGCGCAUUAUGAUCCGCUUUUCCCAUUUGGCUUUGGACUCUCAACUGUUCCGAUUAAUGCGGGUCUAGAUUAG